AUGGCACCUUCACUCUCUCAUCCGUCCAGGUCGGAAUCCCCCUCUCAGAUAGAUAUUCCUAUGGCAGAUGCCAAUGGCCAUACAUCCAAAACUAUGGAGGGAGCCCGUGACGAGGACCACAGCAUGAUGGAUUACCAGGAUACUCCGGACUACACGUACUCAAAUGGAAAGUCUAACCUCUGCCAGGAUUCUGAUACCAAUCCAAAUACGACUGCAAGUAGCAUCGCUGGCGAUACAGUUCAACAAGAUGGGCGCAAACGAAGGUCAGAGGCAUUUCAGCUCCGGAAAAGUGUGCUGGGCCGAAAACAUGGGCGUCUCGAUGAAUCGAAGGAAGAUGAUUCAAUCCGCAGAUUUCGCUACCUACUUGGACUGACUGACCUUUUUCGGCACUUUAUUGAAACGAAUCCAAACCCCCGCAUAAAAGAAAUCAUGGCAGAGAUUGAUCGUCAAAAUGAAAUGGAGGCUGGCGCCAGAAAAGGUCUCACGCGUAAAGGUGGUGCUAGUGGGGAGCGGCGGCGGCGGACAGAACAAGAAGAAGAUGCGGAACUCCUGAAAGACGAGAAGCGCGGUGGCCAGGCCGAAACGGUAUUCCGAGAAUCACCGGCAUUUGUCAAGGGAGGUGAAAUGAGGGAUUACCAGGUCGCUGGUUUGAACUGGCUAGUCUCGCUUCACGAGAAUGGCAUUUCUGGAAUUCUCGCCGACGAGAUGGGUCUCGGGAAGACACUACAGACAAUCGCAUUUUUGGGCUAUCUACGGCACAUUUGUGGCAUAACUGGUCCACAUCUCAUUACUGUUCCAAAAUCAACGCUCGACAAUUGGCAUCGAGAAUUCUCGAAGUGGACUCCUGACGUCAAUGUUCUCGUUCUUCAGGGAGCAAAAGAUGACCGCCACAAACUCAUCAAUGAGCGGCUCGUCGACGAAAAGUUCGACGUAUGUAUCACCAGUUACGAAAUGGUUCUGAGGGAGAAAUCUCAUUUGAAAAAGUUCGCCUGGGAAUAUAUCGUCAUUGACGAGGCUCAUCGGAUAAAAAAUGAAGAAUCUUCUCUGGCUCAAAUCAUCCGCGUUUUCCACUCAAGGAAUCGACUCCUAAUUACUGGAACACCCCUCCAGAAUAAUCUCCACGAGCUUUGGGCACUUCUCAAUUUUCUUUUACCUGAUGUCUUUGGAGAUUCUGAUGCAUUCGACCAGUGGUUCUCCAAUCAGGAAGCAGAUCAGGAUACCGUGGUGCAGCAGCUCCAUCGAGUUCUCCGACCAUUUUUGCUCCGCCGUGUUAAGAGUGAUGUUGAAAAGAGUUUGCUUCCCAAGAAGGAAAUGAACUUGUAUGUUGGCAUGUCUGAUAUGCAGGUAAAAUGGUACCAGAAAAUCCUGGAGAAGGAUAUCGAUGCGGUCAAUGGAGCCCAAGGCAAACGUGAAUCCAAAACCCGUCUACUUAAUAUAGUUAUGCAACUGAGGAAAUGCUGCAACCACCCGUACCUUUUUGAGGGAGCGGAGCCAGGGCCUCCUUACACCACCGAUGAGCAUCUGAUUGAUAACGCUGGAAAGAUGGUGAUUUUGGAUAAAAUUUUAAAGCGAAUGAAGAAUCAAGGAAGCCGCGUCUUAAUUUUCUCACAGAUGAGCCGGGUUCUUGAUAUUUUGGAGGAUUAUUGUGUUUUCAGAGAACAUCAAUAUUGUCGAAUUGACGGCUCGACUGCCCAUGAAGAUCGUAUUGCUGCAAUUGACGAAUACAACCGCCCUGGUUCGGAGAAGUUUAUCUUCCUCCUUACGACACGAGCUGGGGGUCUAGGAAUCAAUCUAACGAGCGCUGAUAUUGUCAUACUGUAUGACAGCGACUGGAAUCCCCAAGCAGAUUUACAGGCCAUGGAUCGCGCUCAUCGUAUCGGCCAGACAAAGCAAGUUGUUGUUUUCCGUUUUGUGACUGAAAAUGCAAUUGAAGAAAAAGUCCUUGAACGCGCAGCACAAAAGUUAAGACUAGAUCAACUGGUUAUCCAACAAGGACGAGCUCAGCAGCAAGUCAAGAAUGCCGCGUCUAAAGAUGAACUGCUGAGCAUGAUCCAGCACGGUGCCGCUAGCGUUUUCAAUACCAAGGGCCCAACGGGAGCUCUAGCGAAAGGCAAUGACAUUUCAGAAGAUGAUAUCGACGAAAUUUUGAGAAAAGGCGAAGAACGUACAGCGGAGCUGAAUAAGAAAUAUGAGAAACUUGGAAUCGAUGAUCUUCAGAAGUUCACAUCCGACAACGCGUAUGAGUGGAACGGAGAGGACUUCACCAAUCGAAAGAAGGAUAUUGGUAUCAACUGGAUCAACCCUGCAAAACGUGAACGGAAAGAACAAUCGUACUCUAUGGACCAGUAUUAUCGACAGGCAUUGGCUACUGGAGGUAGGACCGCUGACCCAAAACCUAAGGUCCCGCGAGCACCGAAACAGAUUGCCAUUCAUGACUGGCAGUUCUUCCCUCCAAAACUACAGGAGUUACAGGAAAAAGAAACCGCUUACUUCCAUAAGGAGAUUGGAUACAAGGCAGUUCUCCCUGAUGGGCCUGACGAGGAACUCAGCGAUAGAGAAGCUGAGCGAGAAUUGGAGCAACAGGAAAUCGACAAUGCUGUUCCGUUGACGGAAGAAGAACAGGAGGAAAAGGCCGCACUAUCCGAAGAAGGCUUUGGCAACUGGAAUCGACGAGACUUUCAACAGUUUAUCAACGGAUCCGCAAAGUUCGGUCGCACUAAUUAUAACGAGAUUGCUACAGAAGUAGACAGCAAGGAUCCCGAGGAGAUCAAAGAGUAUGCAAAGGUGUUCUGGAAGCGAUACACUGAAAUUCAAGAUUACCCUAAACAUAUCCGUGUCAUCGAACAAGGUGAAGAGAAGAUGCGCAAAAUGAACCACCAGCGCAAAAUGCUUCGCAAGAAAAUGGAAAUGUACCGCGUCCCACUCCAGCAACUGAAAGUGAAUUAUACCGUCUCCACGACAAAUAAGAAGGUAUACACAGAAGAAGAAGAUAGAUUCCUCCUUGUGAUGCUGGAUAGGCAUGGCGUCGAUGGUGAGGGCCUCUAUGAGAAAAUCAGGGAAGAAAUCAGGGAAAGUCCACUCUUCCGCUUCGACUGGUUCUUCCUUAGUCGGACGCCCGUUGAGAUUGGUCGACGUUGCACAACUCUUCUAAACACCGUCGCAAAGGAAUUUGAAGUUGACGGCGGUAAAAUGCCGAAUGGCGAUAGUGGUAGUGGGAAGGGCCGUGGCCGUGAUCGUGACGACGACGUCGAGAAUGAAGAGGUUGAAGCCCCCGCGAAGAAAAAGACUAAAAAUGGUGCUGUGAAUAAGCAACUUAAAGCCGUCCAAUCUGCAAGUGGCAGCAGAGCUACAUCAACUGCUACAUCAAGAGCUGGUAGUGUCUCGUCAAGCGCACCGGUCACUGGCAAAUCGAAAGGGAAGAAAAAAUAG